AGGUCGCCUAAAAACCCCCAACAGAAGAUCAUAAAGAGGGUGAUUGCCUUGGAAGGAGAUCUCAUCAGGACAAUGGGAUAUAAAAAUCGUUAUGUGAAGGUGCCUGACGGUCACUUUUGGAUCGAGGGAGAUCAUCACGGCCACAGCCUGGAUAGCAAUAGCUUUGGCCCGGUCUCUCUGGGACUCAUCCACGCGCGGGCGUCCCACAUCAUCUGGCCCCCUCAUCGCUGGCAGAGGAUCAGGCCGUACCUCCCAGCCGACCGCGCUCCGCUUCUCAGCCUGGGCGACUCCUCCACAGAUGGGCAAGAUGAAUGACGCCGUACGUCUGAGCGUAUCGGCGUGAGUUCAGCGAAUGUGAAUGAGUAUCUGUUUUGUGGGCGGAGUAAGGAUG